AUGACGCACCCUUCCAUCAGCAACAGCUCCCGGCCUGGGUCUGGAAAUCCUCGGUCACUCUCCAGAUCCUCAGGCUCGUUCCACGCCGGCGCGCCCAUCCCUACCCUCGCUGCCAUGCGACGGCCCUCAAUCCCGAAAUAUCAGACCUUUCCGACUCCUCCGCCCAAGCCGCCGGGCUCUUCCUCCGACGCCGAGAGCGAUCGCUUCGCCGUCGAGUCCGACUCCUCGUCCACCUCCUCGUCCGCCGACGACCAGACGCCGCUGCCCAUCCGCCAGCUUCUACUCCUGGCCUUCCUCUCUCUGGCCGAGCAAACCGCGCUCAACUCCAUUGGCCCGUAUCUCCCCAGGAUGGUGGCGUCCAUGCCCGGCAUCCCAGCGGAUGAGAUUGGCCUGUAUGUCGGCCUCUUGGCCAGCGCCUUUGCUUUGGCGCAGCUCUCGACCAAUUUCCUCUGGGGCUACAUGUCGGACAUUGUUGGUCGGAAGCCCGUGCUGCUGGCGGGCACCUUUUCGCUCAUGGGCUGCUUCUGCGCCUUUGGCUUCUGCAAGCAGUACUGGCAGAUGAUCCUGAUCCAGGCCCUCAUGGGCAUGCUCAACGGCAACGCUGCGUGUGUGCCGACGGUUCUGGGCGAGGUGACUGACCGGUCGAACCAGAGUAGGGCGUUCACUUAUCUGCCUAUCAUUUACUCGCUGGGAGGUCUUACAGGUCCUGCGCUGGGAGGCAUCAUGGUGGGACGCGUGAGCAAAGACUUUCCCUAUCUUGGCCCGAGUAUUCUGAGCGCUGCCGUUCUUGCGACGGCCGUUAUAGUGGUGGGGAUAUGGUUUGAAGAGACGCUGGAGGAUGUCGACCAGGACCCGUGGAAGCCAACAUGGACGACUCGCAUGUCGGCGCGCAUAUCAAACUUCUUUAGCCUCACGAAGCCGCGACGAGAGUCGUGGAGCACGAGGUGGCCUCGCCCUCAGGCAGCGAGCCAGACCCAGCCCUUAUUAUCGCCAAGCUCUGACGAUGCGGGCUCUGAUGACAAUGAUGGUGACCUCCCAGACGAAGAGGGACUCGAGGCAUCAAAGCCGCCAGGCCAAAACCAUAAGCAGCCUACACCGUGGCACGAGCUCCUUAACCGCACUACGAUGACGCUCCUGGUUACCUAUCUUAUAUUCCAGCUGGCCAACAUCAGCUUCAACAGCCUAUAUCCCAUCUUUGCAUCUUCUCCCUCACCAGCGGGCCGAGAUCUCUCCCCCAGUAAAAUUGGCAUCAGCUUGAGCUUCGCCGGCUUGAUCACCAUUGUGUUCCAGGCAUUUCUCUUCCAGCCGCUCAAAAGCCGGUUUGGAAACUUGGGGACCUAUCGUUUCGCGCUGUUUGGCCUGGCGAUUGCCAUGAUUGCGAUGCCCUGGGUUGGCUACGUCGACGACGAGCCCCUUUUUGGCAUCGGCAGUGGGACCAUGUGGCUUUAUAUCGAGCUUGGCGCGGUGCUGAUACUGAAGACUAUAUGCGCAGUUGGGGGGUUGUCAUGCGUGAUGCUCCUGAUUACCAAUUCGGCGCCUUCUCACAACAGUCUUGGGACUCUGAACGGUGUAGCCCAGACACUAUCAGCUCUAGGCCGCAGCUUUGGUCCCUUUGUUUCCGGUGGCAUAUUUACCCUAUCCAUGGGAAUCCAACCAAAAGGCGAGGCUCUUGCAUGGAGCUUGUUUGGGGGUUUGGCCUUUUUGGGCUGCAUAGGAUCCAUAUUUAUCCGGGGUAAUGGCCUGGAAAGCGAUGACUGGUAUGACAGCGAGGAUGAGGAUGAAAGAGAUGGACAAGGAGAUGAGGCUGGGGAUAGAGAUGUUGAACAACAGCGGGACUGA